GCAGUUGUGACCCCAUAAGAGUGACCACUAUUCUCCCAAUUCACAGUCUUCUUUAAUCUCACCCUCGACUUCUGUCAUCAGUUGACGAAGGGCUAUUUGUUUUUGCAACGUUAUGUUAGGAAACAGAAAUUACAUAAGGCAUCGGAAAUCAAGUGUGUAUUUAAAAUUCUGCAGCUCUGGGAGGCAGAUGCAUUUCGGGGCAGCGGGGUGCGGAGAAAGGCUGUUCCCAGUCUGCGGGAGCCCCCGUUUCUUUCUCCUUCUGAACUCACCGCACCUCCAGCUGCCCCGGGGGGACCCGAGGAGCCCCGGGCGUGGAAGCCCCGCCCUGGCCCGCCCGCUUGCCGGUGUGGCUGCGGUGCCCCGCGCUGCUGCCCACCGGGAGGGCGGCGGCGUGCGUGGGCUCUGGGUUUCCCCACGGGUGUCCGUGUGUAGGAGAUGAAUUGGAGCCACACGGCUGGGUGUUACCUUCUGAGUGGUUCUGAUCAACUGUCCAUUAGGGAGGGGGCCACGGAAACUUUUUUCUGCCGAAAAGGAUGAAAACAGAGAAAGACACUUUUCACUGUCAUCCAUGGAAGGGCUCUUAGUAACCGCCCCAGACUUUUUGGACCUACAAUUCUUUGGCAUGAUUCUUCGGAAAGUUCUUAAGCGAGAUGGAGCAAUCUUGAUGUAAGCUGUGGAAAAAGAAGACAGAUCUGUAUUCUUUAUGCUGACAAAAAAUAGCUGCUAUGACUUUUCCGGCAACGUGGACAGGGUCCAAGUGAAGCUGAACUGGUCAUGGUCUGUCGUCCAGUGUUCCUCUGUCGUCGGCGAUUUUGCCCCCGGCCUUUUUUGGUGGGCUUGGUGGUGGCAAUCUGUCUUUUCUACCAGACCCUGACACCCCUAGGGACAAAGAAGCUUGCAGGUACUGUCCCGGAGGCUGCCCCAAACACACCCACUGAAACCCAGGGGAACAGAUGCAAGAAAGGAUUCUCUGUGGACAAACAGUGCUUCCUUCUCUCCGGUAAUGCACAGGAAAUCAGAAAGAUUGAAGAAUCAAUUGAGACACACUUUGGCAGCCGUGGCAGAAGGGCCAUACUCUACAGGCCUCCUUCCUACAGCAAAAAGGAGCUUUGGCUUCACCAGCACAUUCUCGCUCAACUUCACUACACAGUGCUCAUCACUGAAGAAAGGCUCAGUACUGACCCAGGGCUGGAGCUGCUAGGAAAAGGUGAGUUGGGCUCUUGGGAUCUGCUCAUUUGCCUGUCUUCUAGGAAAGCUGGUGGAAAACUCUGCAUAUCCAAGGAAGACAUGUGCCAGUUAGGUUUACAUCAAAAGGUAAACAUAUUACCAGAAAUACAGCAUCAGCUUUGCAGAAAGGAAGGAUUAUGUCAAAUAAUUACAAGAUUUCCAGAACUGCGACUUCUGGUGAGCCCCUCUGUGUGUUUGGACCAGAGCACACAAUUCAAGCCGAAUACUUGGAGUCACCUCUCAAAAACAGUGAAGCCACAGAUGUGGAAAUCAUGGGCCUGGAGACAUGAACAACUGGAUCGAACCACAGUCCUUGCUCCACAUGAAGCAGUUUUCAGAGCUGAAGAUCUAUCUGUGAUUCUUAAAGCAUAUGUGCUGGUGACGUCCUUGACCCCUUUGCGUGCAUUCAUUCACUCAACUGGCACAGUUUGGGAUCCACCAAAGAAGAAACGCUUCACUGUUAAGCUGCAAACCUUUUUUGAGACAUUCCUGAGAGCCAGUUCACCUCUUCAGGCUUUUGAUAAUAUGAAGGAAGCAAUUAGCAAACUCCUGCUGGCAGCUGAAGUAUUCGGGGAAACAUCAACUCUAGGACCAAAGGCCUUCAAUAGAUGCAGAUUAUGCUUUCAACUUUUAACUUUUGAUGUUGGUUACGGCGGCGUCAGGUCCCCUGUAGUACUCCAGGUACAUGAGCAUUUAGAAUUUCAAGAUGAUAAUUAUAUAGGUUUGGAGGACCAAAAUACAGAAGAAUUUCUUUUAAAAGACACUUUUGAUUUUCUUUUCUCUAAUGAAUCUUCACUUUCCACAUUUUCUGGGAUAUUUAAGAGACUUUAUAGAUUAGGUGUAUUUGAGGGUGAAAACUAUGAAAAGGAACUAAAUCAAUGCCUACCUUUAGAGGAUAUUACCUCAAUUAUGACUUUCCUAAAGGAACUUAGGAAUUUGGGACAAUUCCAACUGCUUGUACCAUCAACUUCUCCUGGGAUUCGAUCUUUGAUACAUGAAUUUUAUGAUAUGGCAAAUCCCAUGAGAAAACCUGGUUCAGUCUGGAUUCAAUACUCGUCUCUUUUAAAUGUGUUUGAUCAGUUUCAGCUCCUGAAUAAAAAGGCACAGCUACAUGCAUUGGAAUGGAAUUCCUUUGCAGAAGAUGAGAAGUUUGAAAAACCACAAGUGCCAUUUGAUACAACUGAACAUAAAAAAGUUGUAUUUCCACAAAUUGUGAAUGCAACCAAAGAAGUGCAUUGCAGGAAUGAUGAAGACAAACAAUGUCAUAUCAAGCAGAUCUUCACACUUCCACAUUUGGAACUAAGUCCUGAAUUUAACCCGAAGAUCAAAGAUUAUUACUCUGAAGUCCCAUUCGAUGUGGUAACAGUGACCAUUGGAGUGAAGACUUCUAACUGUCAGUGCAAGGUGUACCUGCAUGAGCGGGCAGGGCCAAGCUUUGUCAACUACCCUCUGGGCUUAGGAGCAAACAAAAUCUCAAUGCUUGUGGUGGAUGAGUCUCCAGACCAGGCUGAGACCCCGAUGACAUACAAACUCACCAUCUAUCGAGAAGACCGUCCAAGUCUGCCCUUCUUUGAAGACUUCACAGCAUGCGGUUUUGUGCAGGACUGUGGCUUGCCGAUUCACCCCGAGGAAGCCUGUGGGUUACUGCCUGUUCCCUCUGACUACAUCGAAACCAUUUCACAGGCCGAACUAAAAAUGUGUCCGUCCGGGGACACAAAAGGCCAAUGGAUCGUGCCUUGCCUUAGUUGUUCAGACAACAGAACCUGUGACUGGAGAGAAAUAACCUGGCAGCCCCACAACUGCCAGUAUGGUGUCCUAACUAAGUCUCAGCUGCAGCAGUGCCUGGGAGGAAGGAAGAGAGAGAGGAAAGGAGGGAGAAAGAGAGGGAGAGAAACAUCAAUGUGUGGUUGCCUCUCUCACGCCCCCUACUACCCAAGCAUUUGUCCUGACUGGGAAUUAAACCAGCCACCCUUUGGUUUGCAGAUUCUUUUCAUUGGAGAUUCAACCAACAGAGGAAUAAUGUACUAUCUGAUUGAAAGACUGAAUGAAACCUUGCAGGAAUGGCAGAAGGUGCAUGGCACUAAAUUCUAUCACAAUGUCAAUGAUGGGAAGACUUCGAUCAGUUAUUCCUACUACCCUCAGUUCUGGAUAAGCCCUUCAUUGAGACCAACAUUUGAAAAAGCACUUGAGUAUCUCUUGCAAAGAUCACGUCCCCUGGAGAAUUCAGGCCAGACUAUUUUGGUUGUUGGUGGUGUUCAGUGGCUUAAUUCCAAUCACCUGCAAAUUAUUCACAAGGUUUUAAAGAGGGAAAAUUUACUCAGUAUCUCCGUGAUCAUCAAAACGCUGGGAAUCGGAUUUCAUCUGCCAGUGGAUGGAGUACAUUCCUUGACACAGAAUGAAGUACAGAACUUAUGGAAAGAAAACUUGAUUAUUCUGGAUACUGCAAAAAAAUAUGGCUAUGAAGUGGUGGACACGUUCACUAUAACAAUGGGGCGAUACAGAGAGUUUUUGCAGGGGAACUGUGGAUGCCAUUUCCAUGAGGUAGUAAAAUCAAAGUUAUCCAAAGAAAAUCACUUUAUUAAAAUAAAACAAUCAAGAAAUCAUACUGUGGGGAAAUAUUUCAACAAUCACAGCAAACUACGACAACAACAAGACUUGAUAACCAAUGUUCAAUCGCCAUAUCAUGUCAGAGGUCCAAUCAACCAGGUUUAUUCUGAAAUUCUACUCAGCAGGAUGUGUGCAAAUAAAGGAACUGUGUAGACUCCCUGGAGGAAGACCGAACUCGGACUUGAAGACAAACCACUCACUUGGAUGAUUGCCUAAGAACCAAAUUCUCUGCAUCACGUGUAUUUUAGAUUCACCACAUGCACUCAGGCACACCAUCACACACACACACACACACACACACACACACCAAUGCACACAUUCCUAAAAAAGUAAUGACACUUUUUUCUUACAGCUUGGUAAAGUUAAGAUGUGCACUUAAAAUCAGUUGGUUAUCUAUGUGGGGGACAGAGCUAGAAAAAGGUUACUGGAGACAUAAUAUGAACAAGAACCAUUGUGGGCUAGGUGUUGCAUUGUGAUAAUCAAGAGACACAGGGCUCUGGCCAGUGGGGCUCAUUUGUUUGUAGCUUGGAGCAUCAUCCUGUAACUGAAAGAUCAUUGAUUCAAUAUCUGGUUAGGGCACAUGCCCAGGUUAAGGGCUUAGUUGGGGUACAUGCAGGAGGCAGCCAAUUGGUAUUUCUCCACCAACGUUUCUUUCUCUUUCUCCCUUACCCCCUCUCUCUUGAAUGAGAGUGAAAUAAACCCUAACAAAGAGAGAGAGAAAUACAGACACAUGAAUUACGUGGAAAAAAGGAUAAUGCUCUGAAUAUUAUGUUAUCUUCUCUAUUACGACAUUAAUAUUGAAAAGGGUAAAAAAGUAACUACAUUCCACUUGCAAGAAGGGAUUUCACCUGUGUCCUUUACCGGGAAAAAAAACAUGGUGUUUAUGAUGACUUCAGCUUUGGGAAUGUAAUGCUUAUUUAAAAUUUUUUCCCUAUGAUUUUUAAAUUUUAUAACUGAAAGGAAAAAAGCAAGAAUGCUCCACAAAGGCAUUCUAAUAGAUUCUAUGAAAGACAUAAGAAGUGUAAUAAUUACAGUUAAAACAUCAGUAUGUGUCACUUUGUACUCUUUGUCAUUUUCAUUAGCAUUCCCUCCUAUCCUGUCCCUGAAGUUGGAUGGGUAACUGCAGUCUAACUAAAUAUGUAAUUUUAAAGUGUGAAACAAAGUGUAGCUCCUCAUGUAUACUUUGUUUAUUUAAUUGACGAUAUUGUUUAAAAAAGAAUUGACUGCCCUUACAGCCCUAUAUAAUGUAAGAUUACAAUUACAUUUUAUGUAAAUAUUUUGCAAAGGAUAGGCAUUCUCAAGUGCACAGGCAUUUAUUUCCACAAUGCAUUUGCAUAUACCCACAAAUACUCCUAUAUUACUAGUAACUAUACUUUUAUUUCCCUGAACAACUGUAUCUAAUUCAAAUUUAGAGUAGGCAUAAAUUACUUUUAUUAAAACAAUUGUACAUACAUAUAAAACAUCUGAUUCUAGUAUUGAGAACUUGUCCUUUAAUAUUCUAAUUUCAAAAUAGUAAAUUUCUUUAUUUCACAAAUAUUUCAUUGUGAAAUAACAUCUCACAGUUAUAAUGGUUUUUAAAGGAUUCUUUUUCAUUUGGAGGAAAAAAGACCUGAGAGGGUUAAUUCAACACAUGGCUGAAAUACCAAAUGUACAAAUACCUCAAUUUUAUUGCCUUAUAAAAAAUAAAACUAUUUUGAUCGAUCAGUUUCUUACUAUGAAUAUCCACCUCCUUUAAAUAUUCUAUUUUUAUACAUAUAUUUUUAUAUGAAGGUAACAUAAAUUUAUAUAUAACUAUUUUAAAUUAUAUUUAAGCACAAAUAUCACAAUAUAAGCAAAACAUACCUACAUUUUAUAGAUGAUAGAUUUUUUAAAAGAAUGGUACAGAAUUCACUUUUAAAAUGAGUUUUUUCCUAAUAUCUACAGCUACAUGUAAGCAUCAUUUUUAGGUUUUCAGUCAUUUGUUUUCAGUGAAGAUGUUGCUAAUUCAUGCAGCCUCUCUGAGUUUUAAUGUAUUAUAUUCUCUGUAACAGGGUUAUAGUCAGUGAAUGUUUCUUGCAAUUUACUGUCAACCUAAUAGUGAUUGUCUGAGAUUUGUCUGGCAUUUACCUCUUCUCUAUUGAAAUAAUAAUGAAUUUUGGACAUAAUUGUAAUGAUGGUAUUAAUA